AUGGGUGAUAUUCAAGAACAAGAACGAAAAAAAUUGAAUCGCGACCUGCCUGUUUCAACAUCCCUUGGACCAUGGAUUUCAAGUGAAAUAGAUAGAAGAAUUGGCGUAUUCUUUGCUCGCGAAGCAGGUUUCACCAGCGUUACCCCUUCUGCAUAUGAAGCACUAGGGAAUUUGUUGGGUUUAUGUAAUUAUUAUACUGCUGCUUUAAGAAAUCUUGGUAAUAUAAUCAAAACUACACGGGCCUAUGCUGAGCUUGC